AUGGCUUGCUUGACUAGCAUACUCCGCCUUGUCCUCCCUCUCCUGGCCGCCGCUCUCUUCUACCACCCAGCAAACACAGGCGUUCACGUGAAUGCAGACAAUCAAUUACUAAACCAGAUCUGCAACCAAGCCCAGAGCUACGACUUCUGCUUCAACGUUCUCGCCUUGGAUGGGCUUUGUCUCAUAUCUGUUGCAAUAACCAUAGACCGAGUGCAAAAUACUUCGGAUAUAAUUCCGAGUCUAAUCAAGCAAGCAGCGGGUCCAGUGGACAUUCAAAGACUCACCACUUGCCAAUCCAACUACACGGCGGCAGUGGACGCGUACACGAAGGCCUGGAGUUCAGCGUCGUCAAGGGCUUACUACGACGUACUGAGCUGGAUUCAGGUCGGAGCUAAUGAAGUUAUACACUGUGAAAAUAUUUACCGGAUGAGCCAGCCGAUAAGGCAGUCUCCCAUCACUGUUGAGAAUCAUGAUGUGGUCAAGCUUUCGGAAAUUACUUUGAUUAUUCUUAGUAUGAUCGAGAGCGGGUCUACUGGUUUAGAGAAAGAGAAUUUCUAA